AUGGCCUAUGACGAUGCCUGUCCGCCGAAGAAGCGUUGGCAACAACAAAGUUGUACACCAACACCUUCAACAUCGUUUGUAUUAGAUGCAAAUCAAUGGCGACAACAAAGUAUCUUAGUACUUGAUAAAUCGAAUCCAAACUGUUAUCAUCUUGGUGUGAUUCUCGAUAUUAUUGAUUCUCAUCUCAUCAAAAUAUCAACACGUGAUGAACAAUCGUCUCCUUUAACAAUUGAUAUUCAUCAGCCAAUAUCAAAACAUUUUCCAUCGAUCAUAAUUGAUAAUAUUCCAGCGUGUCAAGAUCUCGUGAAUAAUAUAUUAGUGUGUGUUCGUCGAAUGAAAACGGAAAAUAGCACCGAAUUCUUUUGCGGACGAAUACGAUCAAAACAUCCGACACGUUUAGAAUUUUCAAUUGAAUUUCGAGAUUCGAAUAACAAUCAAGAGGAUAGUGAAGAAAAUCAAGAAGAUGUUUGGUUUACGAGACAAAAUAUUCGAUUAUUGUCUGAACCGUGGCAUGAAGAAUUACGUCUUCAUCAACAAAAUCUCUCUGUUUUUCGACCAAUCUCGAUUGAUUCAUCGGUAACGAAUCAACAGAAUGCGUAUCCGACACCGCCAGCUGAACACAAAGAUGAAGAUGAUGAAGAAGUCGAACGAGAAUUCAAGAAAGGCGAACAACAAACAAUGAACAAACUUCAAGGAAUCAAAAAAGGCGAUAUUUUUACAAUGGGAAACACUGGUAUACGAAAAAAAUUCAAUGGAAAACAGUGGCGUCGCCUAUGUGGAAUGAACCAGUGUCAAAAAGAAUCCCAACGACACGGGUUUUGUUCCAAACAUUUGUCCCAAAUGCGCGAACCAAUGAACCGUUUCGUUGGACCCAUGGGAACAUUUCCUCACGCCGCUGCCCUUCCAUUUCUUGCUGAGUAUUACCAACGUCGUUUCGAUUACGUGCCAUCACCAGUUUUACCAUUCUAUCAUCCACUCGCCCCAACAUCAUCAACAUCGUCGGUAGCAGGCACAACAGCAACCGGAUUCCCCAAUAUUCAUCCUCUUCGAUCGUUUUCAACACCUUCAUUAACAACAACACCAUUACUAGUCAAUCCUAACCAUCCAUCGAGCGCUUUUGCACCAUUGAUACCUAUGAUUCGACAACAUUCCGUUGAUGUCAGUCGAUCACCGGUUUUAUCAGAUCAUCGAAAUUCUCCUUUGACGCGUCGUUUAAGUGAAGAUAAUGAUGAUGUCGAAAUCGACAUUGAAUCAAUCCCGUCACCAACUGUCAAACGAUUUCGUAGUAAUAUUAUUGGAAAUGACAAGAACAACAACAAUAAUAAUAAUAGCCAAUCGAAUAGUAUGUCAUCACUUUGUCAAGAUGUUUUGCCCAAAUUGAUGACGACUGUUUCUGUUGUUGAACCAUCAAGUUCUUGA